GUUCAUAAUAACAAAACCAUGUGUUUCGUCCACAGAUGAUGUGACAUAUUUUGCCCAUAUUUGCAGCCAAUUUUCGAUUAUUCAUUGGAAUCUGAUGAUCGAAAUAUCACUUUCUACAUGAAAUAUAAAUCUUAGAGAAUCCAUUCGAACUAUCUGAUGAGAAUUUGGUGAAGGAAAAAGUGGUAAAUUGAAGGCGUGAAAAAAGAUGGCCAAUCUUCGUUUACCGCCGCUGCCCACCAUUCGAGACAUCAUUCGUUUGUACGGACUGAGGGCGGAGCGACAACUGUCACAGAAUUUCCUGCUGGACUUGAAAUUGACAGAUAAAAUAGUUCGGCAAGCAGGCAAGCUAGCUGGUGCCCAUGUGUGUGAAGUGGGACCGGGCCCGGGGGGUAUCACACGGUCCAUACUCAACCAGGGCGCUGUCAGCCUGACGGUGGUGGAGAAAGAUCGACGCUUCCUGCCCAGUCUUCAAAUGCUAUCGGAGGCAGCAGAGGAAAGGUUAAAGGUCAUCCACGGUGACAUCUUAAAGUUCAACAUGGAGGAGGCCUUUCCCACGGACCUGAAGAGAGACUGGCAAGAAGAUCCUCCAGGUUUUCACAUCAUUGGCAAUCUCCCGUUCAACGUUUCAACUCCGCUGAUCAUCCGCUGGCUGGAGGCAUUGUCCAAUCACAGCGGGCCUUUCAUCUUUGGUCGGACUCGCAUGCUGCUGACCUUUCAGAAGGAGGUCGCUGAGAGGUUGGUUGCACCUGUUAAGGACCCCCAGCGGAGCCGUCUGUCCAUCAUGGCCCAGCAUCUGUGUGAGGUCAAGCAUUGCUUCACGAUACCAGGAGCAGCCUUUGUUCCUAAACCAGAUGUGGAUGUAAGCGUGGUUCACUUUACGCCUCUGAAGGAGCCGCUCAUUGAUCUACCGUUCAAGCUGGUUGAGAAAGUAGUCCGUUCAGUCUUCCAUUUCCGGAGGAAAUACUGCAGACGAGGAGUGGAGAGUCUCUUUCCCUUGGAGCGACCCGACCUGACAGAUGAAGUUUUCCAGAAGACUGAUAUCGAUCCGAUGCGACGGCCGAUGACGCUAACAAUGGAGGAGUUCAACUUGAUUUGCCACGCCUACAACAACAUCUGUCUUAGGAUUCCUGGUAUACAGGAGUACAAUUACAGGUUGCAUUAAGAAAAGGGGCGGGGUUUUGAUAAAUGGGCGAGGCUUUGGAUAUAUGGGCGGAGUUAGUCAUGCAGGGUUAGUUCAACCUAUAUUGCCACGCCUACAACAUCUGUCUCUGAAUUUCUGGGAUGCAGGUGUACAUGUACAACUACAGGUAGCAUUGAAGGGGAGGGGAGGGUGGAGUUUUGGGGUGGGGCUUUGGAUGGAUGGGUGGGCGGGGUUUGUCAUUUAGUCAUUGGCCACACCUACAAUAUCUGUCUCAAGAUUCCUGGGAUACAGUACACUUACAUGUAGCACGGAGAUGAGAGGGUUGGGUUAUGAGGUGUGGGUGGGCAUUUGGGCAUGUGGGCGGGGCUAGUUUUAGACUAUGUCAUUCUGCUUCCAUAUUUUGUCUGGUACCCUGAACCCCAGACAAUCGCACAGCACUGAUUCUGGUCACAGAAGAAACAAGACCAGUCUAAUUUCUUUCAAGCCAGAGAUUUAUCUUGUUGACAAUUCCAAAAAGAAAAGUCUGCGAUUAUACAUUAAUAUUUCACAUUUCACAUGAGGAAAACUAGGAGAUAAACUGUGACACCUUGCCAGCCAAAUGCAAUGUGUAGUAAUAUACAUCUGGUAUCAACGAAGCACUUUUCUUAUAAACAAAAUCUUUGCCCCUCGGAGUAUCAGUGGAAUUGUGACUAUAGAUAGCUCUUUGAACAUUGAUAGUCCUGUGAUAUUGAUCUCUUUUUAUUGAAAAGUCUCUGAAAGCUUUAAGAAAUAAGGGGCAAUAUUAAUCAAAUUUCCUCAACCUUAUACAACAACAGAUUAUAUUUUGUUAUCAUUAGAGAAUUUCUCGAAUUGCACAAAUUCUUGGCUAUCGGAUAAAAAAAACCCACAAAAGCAAACACACAACAUUUAGCCAGUAUUUAAUCUAUUCACAAUAAUGUUUUUUGUUAAAUAAAAUGA